GGUGACGUCACACGGCGGCGGUCAGCCUAUAAAGGCGGAGGUGCGGGUCCUGCGCCGAUUGACCCGGAUUCAAGCUGUGACGACUGCAUGCGAGACCCCGCUCGACCCCGCUCGACCCCGCAUCCCUUGGUCCGGACACUCCUUGCGGCAGCCUGUGACACCUCGCGUCCCCGAGCCCCACGCCUGAGGGCGACAUGAACGCGCCGGCCCUGCGAGACCUCCGGACCCACGACCGCGACCGCUUCUGGCAGCCCGAACCGGCGCUCCUGCCCCCGGGGUGACGCGCAGCCCGCCGCCCAGACACAUGGCCCCAAGCCCAAGACCCCAGCAUACCCUGCACUGGAGGGAUGCUCACUCCUUCUACCUCCUGUCUCCACUGAUGGGCUUCCUCAGCCGGGCUUGGAGCCGCCUGAGGGGCCCAGAAACCCCAGAGCCCUGGCUGGCAGAAACACUACCAGCAGCAGAGCAGAUAGAAGCUAAGGCGCUGCUGACACCACCCCUUGUCCCUGGGAAUCACCUUCCUCGGGGGGAGGCCGAAGAAACUGGAGCUCCUGAAGAGGGUAAAGCAGCCCAGGGGCCCUGCCUUGAUGUGCAAGCCAGCAGUUCCCCUCCUGAAACUUGGGGACUUUCAGAUGAUGAAUACUGUGAGAAGCGAGAACAGGAUGGCCCUAGAGAGCAGGAGAGAGAACACACAGCCACCCUGCCUGUAUUGCUGCCGCCUAGCCUGCAAGGUGCCGAUAAGAGCCUUGGGGAGGUGGGGGCCGGAGGAGAGGCAGUGACUGAGCUGGCUUAUCCCACUUCACACUGGGAGGGUUGUCCCGCUGAGGAUGAAAAGGAUGGAGAAACUGUGAAGAAGGCUUACCUAAUUCCAAGACACAAGCCCAGCACUUCUGAGUAUUGCCCAGGGGAGGCAGGACAUCAAGCCACGGAGGGAAAAGGAACAGAAGAUAAAGCUGACCCGCCCAGCUCUCCUUUAGGCUCCCACUCCAGAGCCUGCGAGUUCCACUCUGGAGAGGGCUCUAAGCAGGAGGGAGAAGCCAACCCAGAGGCACACGGGGCAGGGCAGGAUCAGCCUUGUCAGAAUGCAGACGCUGAGGAAGAGGGAAACGCUGAGGCUUCAUCUUUGUCUGUCUGUAGUGGGAAGGCCUUCCUGAAGUCCUGGGUGUACUGCCCAGGAGAAGACACCGAGGACGAUGAUAGUGAUUGGGGUUCAGCUGAGGAAGAGGAAGAAGGCCAGACCUUGUCUGCCCCUACCUCUCCUGCACAUGCCUUCCUUAAUACCUGGGUGUGUCGACCAGGAGAGGACACAGAGGAUGAGGAUGACAGUGAUUGGGGGUCAGCUGGAGAAGACAGUAUAGUUGAGACCUGUGCCACCCCCCAUACAAGUGCCUUUCUGAAGACCUGGGUGUACUGCCCAGGAGAGGACACAGAAGAUGACUCGGAGAGUGUGGUUCCAGAUGAUUCAGAAGCAGCUGACCCAGGCAGGAGCCCUUGCCUUCAGGCCCAGGGUUGUCUACCUGGAGAACAGACACAGGGAUGUGUGGAAGCAGACCCCUCUUUCUUCCAGGUGGCCUUCUAUUUACCUGGAGGGAAGCCAGCACCACCUUGGCCUGAACCUAAACUGCCCCUUCGACUUCAAAGGAGACUCAGGUUGUUCAGAACACCCACCCAGGAUCAGGACUCCCAGACUCCUCUACACACCAGAAAGGUGCACUUUUCUGAGAAAGUCACCGUCCAUUUCCUUGCUGUCUGGGCAGGACCAGCCCAGGCUGCCCGCCGAGGUCCCUGGGAGCAGAUUGCACGAGAUCGGAGCCGAUUUGCCCGCCGCAUUGCCCAGGUGGAGGAGAAGCUGGGUCCUUACCUCACCCCUGCCUUCCGGUCCAGAGCCUGGGCACGCCUUGGAAACCCACCCCUCCCUCUGUCCUUCACCCCUGCUCCUCCACAGCCAGGGCCUGGCUGCUCCUCUGAGGCCACGCCCUUGAGCCAAGCUGUGACCACACCCUCUGCCCUUCCCAGUGAGGCCCCUCCUGCCACCCUGGACUUUGGUGGAAGGCGUGGCUAACCCCAAGUAGUUUCCUGUUAUUUAUUUAUUUUUAAUAAGAAAUAAAGCCUUUUGAUUUAAAGUGAUCAAA